AUGGAAGAGGAAGAGAGGAAAUUCGAAGAAAGAAUUGAAAUCCUUGAUUGGUUAUGUGGUAGUGAUCGUGCUGCUGCUGCUGCUGCUGCUACUGAUAAUAAUAAUAAUGAUGAUGAUGAUAAUAGUGAUGGCAAUGAUGAUGAUGGUAAUAGUAGUAGUAAUCAUUAG